AUGCGGCCGUUGACAUUGAUCGGAGGCCUCUCGGCGGUCGCCGUCGCCUCCGCGGGCGUGAUGGCGUACGACAUUGGCGAGGAGAUGCGUAUGGGCUGGAAGAUGGGACUGCUGCCGCGGCAGGACUCACAGAACUUGCAGCCGUUUGACGGCAACCUUGGAGGCGUGAAGGCGCCCGCGAUCACAAAGUCGAGUAACUCUGAACGACCGUUUGAGGUCGAUGGCGACACCUUUCCCGACUUCGCGACAGCGGCGAACAGAGCGUGCGACAACCAGAAGAACAAGUGCGCCGACGUCGCCAACAACGGGUCCCAAAAGUUUUCGGUGUCGGAAUGUGACAAGCAGUCCAAUGAAUGCAAGGCGGCGAUCAGCACCGCCACGCAGCAGAGCUUCAGUGACGCGGUGUUCGUGGCCUCGGAUGGCGACUUUGACAUUUUCUGUGACCCAUGA